GAGUCUUUGGUCGGAAUACGUAAAUACCGCACCCGAGCUGCAUACACGUUUUAAGAGCACACCUUUGCAUCUUGCAUCGUCCCGCCGUUCAUAAACCCCGUUCCAACCCACACUUUUUGCAUUCGCGACAACCGCGCUCGCCGCGACAGGCAGCCCCAGCGCACUUCGAGACCUUAGCAACCCCACCGUUCGUCCCCACGUAACACGCUAAAUAGAUCAUUCGCAUUUGCGCGGGAACCGCAACACGGCAUCUGAUAGGCAGCGGUGGUCGGGCCGAUAGAUAUCCAGGCGGGCACUUCACACGCAGGCACACUUAGUGCAAUCCCACAAGGAAGGUUGGCUUGCAUUGACACUUUGGUGGGCGAACUAUUCACGCUUUAUCCGUGAACAAGUUUGCUGCAAGUCGGUUUCAACCAUGUCUGUCAAUUGGGUCAUGCUCGCUGAGAAUGGCGGGUACACACCUCUCCCUGGCGAACAGACACUCUACCAGUCUCCUCCCCGAACCACACUCUCGCUACAGACUAGCCAUCGGAAUCACCCCAGCGAGUCGUACUCGCAGCAAUGCAAGUCGGGCGUUGUCUACCUCACAAAUCGACGGAUGAUCUACCUCCCCGUCACCCCUACACCACAACUCCAAUCCUUCGCCGUACCCAUCCUCAACGUCACAGAUUCCCGCGUAACAGCACCCUGGUUCGGCGCAAACAAAUGGGAAGCCAUCAUCCAGCCCGUCCAAGGUGGCGGCAUACCACCACAGCACGCCGAGCUAGACCUGGUUAUGGAGUUCAAGGAAGGCGGCGCGUUUGACUUCGCAAGCAUAUUCGAGCGGUUAAAGGAGCGGUUACGGCAAGCUGUCGAGGUAGCGCGGGAGAGUGGUGGUGACAUGGAAGAUGGAAGCAGAGGCGUUGGCGGUGUCAACAUGAACAACGUACACCUGGAAGACCUACCUGCAUACGAGGAGAGCAGACAACACGCCAGAGUUCCAGAGCCUCCUCUUAGCCCGCCUUUGGAUGGUUCUGCAUUCGGUACCGGCGGUCCUGUUAUUGCGGCGCCCACGCCAUCAAGCCCACAAGCAUCCAGUCCGUUAUCGAGCCCGCGAACACAACAGGAGCAUUUUGAGCCUCCGUCAGACCCACCGCCAGGAUAUGAGGAGGUUCAGAGAGGUAGCAUUGCAGACGAACUGGAGAGACAGGUGAUGAAUAAUCCAUGGCAGGAAGAAGAAGCAAGGCGGUGAGCCGAAGAAUAUUUUCAUGAUUAGAUGGAUGUGUUUGAGCAUGGCGUUCCGGGGCAGUCGGCUUUACAUGGCCGUAGACAUGUCUUGUCACAUUAUCUCAAUAUUCCGCUUGGUAGACUUCUUGAGGAACAACUUAUAGUCGGUGUGUCCGUUGGCUUUAGACGGUCGCCAAUACCAUAUUCUUCACCUCGGAUACCUGCACGUCCACUAGUUGGUGCGACAUGACUUCGGUCAGCAUCAGCAACUCAGCAGUCAGCUCCACGAAGCAGCACAUG